AUGGGCUGGCCGGCCGGCGGGGUAGCGCAGGCGGGCCCACACGUAGGGGCCAGUGCACCCGCAGCCGCGCAGGGGCGCGCGUGGGGCAGCCCAAGGCGGAGCAAGGCGGCGGCGUUGGCGUGGCUGCAGCAGCUUGCGGCGGCGGCGGCGGUCUGGGCCGUUCCGGCUGCAGCAGAGCAAGGCGACGGGGAGGCGGGGCGGCGCGACGGCAAGGGAGGCCAAGCGGCCCUGGGGCGCACGGCGGCGCUGCGGGAGCUCGCGCAGGGCGGCCCCGCGGCAUGUGCCGGCGGUGAGCAGGGCCUCCGCGGCGGCGCGGCGGCGCCCCGACGGCGGCAAGGCCGGAAUCGAAAGGGGAACGGCUCGGGGAGCAAGCGGAGGUUGCUGGGAAUCUCACCGGGGGCUCGUUUUGGGCGGGGAAGGGCCGGAGGUGGGAGCUCGGUGUAG